CUUAGGUCUAUGCUGUAGGACCGACGCAGAUCUAAUUGACCUCAAUGCUAACUGUCCGAAGAAUUGAUUCGUUCGGAUUGUUUGGCUUCUCGGCAACCUGCAGCCGCUGGUUCUCAGCACAUCUCCUGUAUUCAGGCAGGUCAAACAUCCAUGAGGUUAGCAUCUGUGAUUUCAAGCUGUAAGGGAUUCAUAGGGAUUCCUCGCCAGUCCUGAGCACAGUCGAGAUGAGAAAGCACGCAGUUUGCUGAAUUGCUUGGUAACGUCCCAGGUUACAAGGUGUUCUUCGUUUCAUCGCAGUUGCCGGUAUCACUUCGAAUGCCAGCCAUUCGGGCGCCAAGGCAACUGCUGCAUUAACCUGGCGAAAGCAAAAACUCGGCCAUUCGUGAUGUUUGUCAUUUUGGCUUGGAGGAAAGGCUGGAGAGACAACCCUAACUCACCCCCCCUAGAGCCGAGCAUUCAAAUUAGAGUGAAUCUUUCAGGCUGUCUUGGUGUCGUCGCAGCUCACAGCUGCGACGUGGUAGGGACUUCUCGGGUACGGCAGGAGCACGAUGCCCCACCUCAUUCCACUGAUCCCGCAGAGGGGCACAGCUUCGGCACGGACUCAUGUUUGUGUUUUGUCACCCUAAAGUCCACGCCUCUGUGUUCCUAUGGUCGCAAAGCAACACCACUAAUGCUAGGAGCUGCAGAGAUGGGUGAACUGAGACCAAAAGCCCGAGUGCAGUUCCAAUUGCAUUUGAUAGCUCCUCACAGCUUGGUUUGGAGCACGACGCUACAUGUGCCCCUGUGGAUCAACACCCUGGUUACCCCAGAUUUACCCCGGAUUCCUUUGGACUGGGCUGGCUAGCGCUUCCUGUAAGACGCUCGGACCAGGUACUUACCCAUGUUCGGACCAAGCGGCAGUGCCC